GGCCUCAGCCCAGGUGGGUCCUUUUUACCACUGCGAACUUCCCCGACGUGAUGAUUCAGUCCUACACUGAGACCCGCGCCUCCUUCUUUUUCUUCUUCGUGUACCUGGUCAUUUGCCUUUACUUGCUGCAAAACGUGCUCCUCGCUGCGGUGUAUGAUGCCUACAAGGACCAACUGAAGCGGCAAUUGUGUAAGUUUCUUGAUUUGAAAACGUAUUCGAUCAAGCAGGCCUUUGAGGUCUUAGCCUUGAAGUCUGCAAUAGGGGUCCCGGUGAUCACGCUGGAGAGGUGGGUUGAUUUCUACACUGCUUAUGGCCAGAUUUUCCUUCACUUCAUGUUCGAGAAGGGCAAAGCGUAUGUGCAACAGCAGGCCCACCGAACCUUCAAAGCUAUGGACGCUGAUGGCAAUGGCUACAUCGAGCAAAAAGAGUUCUGCAUGGUUGUGGAGGUGCUCUCCAACCCCAGGAUCUACAUCCCCAUGCGGCCGGUUCCCAGUAUGGCGCGCAGCCGCUUGGGCAAAGGCUUGGUGCACCUCUUCAUGAGUGGGGUGAGGGUGGCGGACUCUCGAUAUUCUUGGCGCGCCAUUAUGGACAUUGUAGUUUUGAUCGAAGUGUUGCUUGCACUGGGUCAGACAAUUGUCUUUGUCUCGCCGCGCUGGGGUGGCAAGUUCCGCGACGCGCCCUUACGACCGCCGAGCUUUUGGUUCAAGUCUUUGAUGGCAACGACGGUAUUCUUUGCAGGGCAGAUUCUGAUUCAGAUGCUGGUGAUAGGCCCAGCGAGGUUCUGGAACCGCUUGCCCUACCGGCACCGGUUUGAUGGGUUGACUAUUUCAGUUCUUUUGACGAUGCAGCUGGCAGCUAUUUUUUGCGACCAUGCGCCAGACUGGCUGGUCCGAACCGUCUUGGUGAUACACAUCGCCCGUGCCAUAUGCCUCAUGUGGUACAUCGAACCAUUUCGAUAUUUAACGGCACUCCUGGCACGCCUGCUGCCCGUGUACUACCGGUUGGGGCUCCUGCUGUUGAUGGUGUUUUACAUUUUCACCUCAAUUGGAGAGCAACUGUUUGGAGGGCGCAUGCUGCCUGCGCAACUGAAGGGCAGUGGCUAUGCUGAAGACCAGUAUUGGCCUUUGAACUUCGACGACUUCCCUUCAGGCCUAGUCACUCUCUUCAGCGUCAUGGUGGUCAACAAUUGGUUCGUUCUCGCGGGAGGCUUUAUGCAGGUCACCACACCUUAUGCAAGCAUUUUCUUCGUCUCAUUCUUUGUGAUCGUAAACCUUGUUGUUCUCAACAUCCUCAUCGCGCUUAUCAUUGAUACCUCCGCAGUGGUGCGGGAGGAGAUUGAGGAGAGGGUUGGUGGUUUGGACGAUGAUGAUGAGGAGCAUAUGGAAUACUCAGCAGGCCGGGAAACCUUGCUUGAGCGCUUGCUGCUGAACGAGGACCAGCGGUCGGCAUCCCUGAACGUCAUCCAAAAAGGACCGUCGUACAAUGCCUAUAACAACCUGGGUGAGGAGAGCUCAUCUGAGGGAAGUAGCCAGGACAGCCAAGAGAGCUGAUAGGCCAAAGAUGGCCAAAGCAUGCCAAAGCAAUGUAUCAAGCCUUCAAAUUCAUUUUUGAUAGUUUUUGUGUGUUGAAGGCUUGAGCCUAUGGGGUUCCAAAGCUGAGAUCCCAAAUCCAGAGACUGAAGAUGACUUCAAAGACUUGGAC